UGCCAGUGAUUUGUCGGAGGCAGGCCCCAAGCAGCGGCGGCUGCACCUCCUCGCCGCUCGCCGCCGCCGUCGGUUCACUUUCAACGUGACCGACUUUGUCAGUGAAGGGUCGUUUUUUGUAAACUCCACUGGCCAUCUUUUCUCGCCCUCGAUCUGGGCCGCGGAGGAACGAUCGGACGGUUCAAAGACACCCAAAAUUCAACAGUCGCCGCUGCCACUGUGGACCACCGGCGUAUUCCGAAUGCUUCGCCGGCGCCAGCGACUCCUCCCUCUCCUCCUCCAGUGCUCGCGCCACCGACUCCACAGCACCACCGCGGAGCCACGCCCACCGCCACGAAGAACAGGCCACGCCGAAAUCCGUUCUGGCAACGACAACCUUGCCGCUCUGAAGCAGCAGCGCGGCGCCGCGGGCGCUCGCGUCGUGUUCGACGAGACGCCGCGCCGGGAUGCCGUCCACUACGCUGCCAUGGUCGGCCGCCACCUCAAGGCCCGCGACCUUCCGCGCGCGGAGGCGCUAUUCCGCGCGGCGCCCGCGGCCGCUCGCGGGCUCCACCUCGACACCGUCAUGCUCAACGGGUACGUCAAGGCCGGCCGCGUCGACCGCGCGCGCGAGCUGUUCGACGGGAUGCCGAUGAAGAGCAUGGUCACGUGGACCUGCAUGAUCUCUGGGUAUUGCCGCGCCGGCCGUGUGGAUGAGGCGCGCCAGUUGUUUGAUGUGAUGCCGGCUCGGAACGUCGUUUCGUGGACGGCGAUGGUGCAGGGGUGUGCAAGCAAUGGGAUGCUGAGGGAAGCAAGGGAGAUGUUCGAUCGAAUGCCUGAGAGGAAUGUGGUUGCUUGGACGGUCAUGGUUAAGGCAUAUGUUGAUAGUGAUCAGAUUCAGGAGGCAUGGGAAUUGUUCAAUAGGAUGCCUGAGAGGAACUCAUAUUCUUGGAAUGCCAUGAUUUCUGGUUUUCUCAGCGCCGGGAAAGUGGAUGAAGCAGUUCAGUUGCUUGAGAGGAUGCCACACAGGAAUGUGGUUUCUUGGACUAUAAUGGUCACUGGAUUGGCAAAGAAUGGUUUUGCUUGCAGGGCAAGAGAGUUCUUUGACAGGAUGCCCGAGAAGGAUACUGCGGCAUGGAAUGCGAUGAUCACCGCUUAUGCCGAUAAUGGCCAGCUGAAUGAGGCGCAGAGAUUAUUCGAUUCAAUGGUAUCAAAAGACCUGGUGAGCUGGAAUACAGUCAUUGAGGCAUAUGCCAAGAAGGAGCAUAAGGAUGAAGCUUUGAGAAUAUUUCUACUUAUGCGCCGCUCAGCAGUAUCUCCUAACAGCAGCACGUUGACUAGUAUCUUAGUUAUAUCUGAGAGCACAAUGGAAGUUAAGCAAAUUCAUGGGUUGGUCAUCACACUUGGACUCCUGUCAGAAACUUCCUUAGGAAAUGCUCUGCUCACAAUGUAUUCGAGAAGCGGUGAUCUGCUCUCUGCUUGGCUUGCUUUCAAGAGAAUGGAAGAGAAGGAUGCCAUAACAUGGACAUCGAUAAUGCAAGCCUUUGCGAACCAUGGCUGUGGUUACCAUGCCUUACAGUGCUUUGCUCAGAUGUUGAGGCAUGGGUAUAAGCCCAGUUCGACUACCUUUACUGCCGUGCUGUCAGCUUGUAGCCAUGUUGGGUUGGUCGAGAAAGGUCAAAAAAUGUUCAAAUCAAUACACCAUGUUUAUGGAGUAGAACCGACCAUUGAGCAUUACUCUUGCCUUGUGGACCUUCUAGGUCGAGCAGGGCAUGUAAAGGAAGCCAAGGAACUAGUCGACGCCAUGCAGAAGGGUAUGCUUGAUGAGGCUAUUCUGGGGACGCUACUGGGAGCCUGCAUGAUGCACAACGAGGUAGAGGUAGCAAGAGAAGUCGGCGAGGAUCUUGUCAGAUUUGGCCCCUCUGGUUCAGGAGGCUACACGCUUCUGGCCAAUGUGUUUGCAUCACAUGGAAUGUGGGACGAAACAGCAAGUGUUUGGAAGAUCAUGAGGGGGAGCAGGGUGAAGAAGACGUCGGGUUUCAGUCAGAUCGAGGUGAACACGACAAAUCAUGUGUUCUACUCAAGGGAUCAAGAGCAUCCACGAUGUGCAGAAGUAUAUGAGAUGCUGAAUGACACACUUAUUCCUCAGAUGAAGGGUUCAUCAUGCCUGAGAUUCUUGGAACCGAUUCUUUAAUCCGAUCCAACCAUUUACCAGGCAUAGAGUCGGACUACAGCAGGCCUGGUGUGAGUCAUGAUCUGUACUUGCUGAAAAAGGCGCACCGCUUGCUUGUUGAAGAUGGACGCUGCAGCAAGAUGAAAAGGUGUGCCGGCAGUUCCAUCAGGAAAGGAUUGCACAAAAAUUUGGAAGCUUGAUGUCCCUCCCAUGGUGAAAAUAUUUUGGUGGCAAGGAGUACAUGGUUCCCUUGCACUGAUUACCACUAACCAAACGCACCACUAAUUUUGUUGAAAAUAAUUUGUUGCUGUCA